UCAUUCUUCUAUCUGUGUUUUGGGGUGGUGGGAAAGAACGCAAAGAGGUCAGGAGGAGGAGAAACCACGUGUGAUUGCCAUGUUCAGCGUUGACUGUCCUUCCUCUGUAGACUUGUUUUUGUAAGAUCGUACCCUCUGCGUGUAGCUGGCUAGCCCAUUAGCUAAAUAAGGAGCAUUUAACAGAUUCACAUAGCAAUUUUGAACAACGGAUUUUUGUUGCCACCUUUGACUAACUAGCUGCCAAAUAAUGGUGAGCAAGACUGAUGACAUCCCGGCGUCAGUACCCAACUGUAAUGUUAACACAGUUGAUCUUGUAGGAGAGACGCCAGACCGCAAAGAGACUUCCAAGGCACCACACAAGGACCCUUGUGGGCACAGUGUAGACACAGUGGUGAUGAAUGGGGGUGGGGCCCACAAUCCUUCGGAGGAGGAGUCCAAGCAGGAUGGGGCUGGUGACACAGACGGUGGGGAGGAUUCUAAUGAACAGGAAGUGAUUGUGAUUCAGGAUACAGGUUUCACUGUGAAGAUCCAGGCACCCGGGACGGAGCCUUUUGACCUCCAGGUUUCACCCCAGGAGAUGGUGCAGGAGAUUCACCAGGUGUUGAUGGACCGUGAGGACACCUGCCAUCGUACCUGUUUCUCCCUGCAGCUGGACAGCAACGUGCUGGAUAACUUUGCUGAGCUGAAAUCCAUCGAGGGCCUGCAGGAGGGCUCCCUGCUCAAAGUAGUGGAAGAGCCCUACACAGUGCGCGAGGCCCGUAUCCACGUGCGUCACAUCAGAGACCUGCUGAAAGGCCUGGACCCGUCUGAUGCCUACAACGGCGUGGACUGCAACUCCCUCUCCUUCCUCAGCGUCUUCACUGACGGGGACCUGGGAGACAGUGGUAAGCGGAAGAAGAAGGGCAGUGAGCUGGAACAGAUAGACUGUACUCCUCCAGAACACAUCCUGCCUGGCAGUAAAGAACGCCCCCUGCUGCCUCUCCAGCCACAGAACAAGGACUGGAAGGUAAUAAUGACGCCCAUGCAGUGCCUGAAGGUCCUGACUAUGAGUGGCUGGAACCCCCCUCCUGGCAACAGGAAAAUGCAUGGUGAUCUCAUGUACCUGUAUAUGGUGACUGUUGAGGAGAGACACAUCAGUAUCACCGCCUCUACACGUGGCUUCUACCUCAACCAGUCGACCACCUACACCUUCAACCCCAAGCCAGCUAACCCCAGCUUCCUCAGCCACUCGUUGGUUGAGCUGCUGAGCCAGAUAAGCCCUGCCUUCAAGAAGAACUUCACUGCCCUGCAGAAGAAAAGGGUUCAGCGGCAUCCGUUUGAGAGGAUAGCCACACCCUUCCAGGUGUACAGUUGGACUGCCCCCCAGGUGGACCACACCAUGGACUGUGUCAGAGCUGAGGACGCUUACACUUCCCGUCUGGGCUACGAGGAACACAUACCUGGACAGACACGAGACUGGAAUGAGGAGCUGCAGACGACCAGAGAGCUGGCCCGGAAGAACCUGCCUGAUCGCCUGCUGAGAGAGAGGGCCAUCUUCAAGGUCCACAGUGACUUUGCGGCUGCUGCCACUCGCGGUUCCAUGGCGGUGAUUGACGGCAACGUGAUGGCCAUCAAUCCUGGCGAGGAGACGCGUAUGCAGAUGUUCAUCUGGAACAACAUCUUCUUCUCCCUGGGCUUUGACGUCCGUGACCACUACCGCGAGCUGGGCGGGGACGCUGCCGCGCACGCUGCUCCCACCAACGACCUCAACGGUGUCCGGGCUUACGGGGCCGUAGACGUGGAGGGGCUGUACACCUUGGGGACAGUGGUGGUGGAUUAUCGUGGUUACCGUGUCACGGCCCAGUCGAUCAUCCCUGGUAUUCUGGAGAGAGAGCAGGAGCAGAGCGUUAUCUACGGGUCUAUCGACUUUGGGAAGACAGUGGUGUCUCACGGGAAGUACCUGGAGCUUCUGGAGAGGACCAGUCGACCACUCAAGGUCCAGAGACACAAUGUACUGAAUGAGAAGGAUGAGUCCAUGGAGCUGUGUUCCUCUGUUGAGUGUAAGGGCAUAAUCGGCAACGAUGGACGCCACUACAUCUUGGACCUUCUGAGGACCUUCCCCCCCGACCUGAACUUCCUGCCUGUGGAAGGGGAGGAGCUUUCCCCUGAGAGUGUGAGAGAGGGUUUCCCACGCCAGCACCGCCACCGUCUGGCCUGCCUCCGUCAGGAGCUCAUCGAGGCCUUCGUUGAGCACAGAUACCUCCUCUUCAUGAAGAUGGCAGCGCUUCAGCUUAUGCAGCAGAAAGCCAACAAGGAAAGCAAGCUAGCCACCCUGACAGAGAAUAGCAGCCCCGGGGCAGCCGUUCCAGCCCUGCCCUCCACAGAGACCCCCGAUGCCUCGGCCGAGUCCUCAGAAACUUCCACAGAAACCCUCACUGACGCCAACUCAGACGCAGUCCAUACGGAGACCACCUCCACCUCUGAUGCCCCUCAGCCAGCAGCAACAGAAGCCACCACCACAGAAGCAGCCCCCAAGACAGAGCCAAUGACAGAAACAGACAGUUCAGCUACAACAACCACUAAUGCCUCCCAGGCAACCCCUAUAGAGGAUAAUGUGGUUCCCACGGUGACCACCAAUGGGUCGUUGGUGCCCUUUGCCACAGCAAUUCAGAACGGGGAGUGCGAGAGCCCUCUGGAGGGUAAGGCUGAGGAUAUUAUCCCUGGCUUAGCCCAGGCCAAAGAGCUGGCUGAGUCUUUAGCCGCGGAAGACGGAUCCGGCAUCGACCCUAAAAGCCGAGAGGUGGUCCUCAACGCCUGCAAGGCCGUGGGUUCCAUCAGCAACACCUCCUUCGACAUCCGCUUCAACCCAGACAUCUUCUCUCCAGGAGUGCGUUUCCCUGAGGACAGUGCGGAUGACAUUCAGAAACAGAAGCAGCUGUUGAAGGAUGCUGGAGCCUUCAUGGUGUCCUGUCAGAUUCCGUCUCUGGUAAAAGACUGUCUGGACCACAGUGCUCUGCCCAUGGAUGGAGCCACGCUGACUGAGGCGCUGCACCAGAGGGGCAUCAACGUGCGUUACCUAGGCAACGUACUGGCGUUCGUGGACCAGACCCCAGCCAAGGCACAGCUGGAGCACUUCUAUAGAAUAGGUAUCAGCGAGUUAAUCACCAGAUGUGCGAAACAUAUCUUCAAGACAUACCUCCAGGGUGUUGAGUUGUCGGCCCUCUCCGCCGCUGUCAGCCACUUCCUCAACUGCUUCCUGUCCUCUUUUGAUGCCGUGGCACACUUGCCUGCCGACGAGCUCGUGUCGCGCCGCAAGAACCGUAAGCGCCGUAACCGCGUCCCGGGGGGAGGGGACAACACUGCGUGGGCCAGCCUGACACCCAGCGAGCUGUGGAAGAACAUCGUCUCUGAGGCCCAGAGCUACUACCACUUCACCCUGCACUGCGAGAAUGCCGACCAGGUAGUGGAGAAAUACGGCCUUCAGAAGAUCACCCUGCUCAGAGAAAUCUCCAUCAAAGCUGGCAUCCAGAUCCUGAUAAAGGAGUAUAACUUUGACAGUCGCCACAAGCCUGCCUUCACAGAGGAGGACAUCCUUAACAUCUUCCCUGUGGUGAAGCACGUCAACCCCAAGGCCUCCGAUGCCUUCCACUUCUUCCAGAGUGGACAGGCCAAGGUCCAGCAAGGUUACCUGAAGGAGGGCUGUGAGUUGAUCAACGAGGCUCUGAACCUGUUCAACAACGUGUACGGGGCCAUGCACGUAGAGAUCUGUGCCUGCCUGCGUCUGCUGGCUCGCCUCAACUACAUCAUGGGAGACCACCAUGAGGCUCUCAGUAACCAACAGAAGGCUGUCUUGAUGAGUGAGAGGGUACUGGGCGUCGAGCACCCCAACACUAUCCAGGAAUAUAUGCACUUGGCUCUGUACUGCUUUGCCAACGGUCAGCUGUCCACUGCUCUGAAGCUGCUGUACCGUGCUCGCUACCUCAUGCUUAUGGUGUGUGGGGAGGACCACCCCGAAAUGGCGCUUCUAGAUAGUAACAUUGGCCUGGUGCUGCAUGGAGUAAUGGAGUACGACCUGUCUCUGAGGUUCCUGGAGAACGCCUUGGCCAUCAACUCCAAAUACCAUGGACCCCGCUCCCUCAAAGUAGCCCUCAGUCAUCAUCUGGUUGCGAGGGUUUACGAGAGCAAGGCAGAGUUCCGCUCUGCGCUCCAGCAGGAAAAGGAGGGCUACACCAUCUACAAAAACCAGGUGGGAGAGGCCCACGAGAAGACUAAAGAGAGCUCAGAGUAUCUGAAGUACCUCACACAGCAGGCUGUGGCUCUGCAGAGAACCAUGAACGAGAUCUACAAGAACGGCUCCAACGCCAGCAUCAUGCCACUCAAGUUCACAGCUCCCAGUAUGGCCAGUGUUCUAGAGCAGCUCAAUAUCAUCAACGGCAUCAUCUUUAUACCCCUCAGCCAAAAGGACUUGGAGAACCUGAAGGCGGAGGUUCAGCGGCGGCAGCAGCUUCAGGAGUCAGGGAAGAGCGUGGAGGAUCUCACUGUGGACGGUCCACUAGAGCUGGAGGACAAAAUACCCAUGGACGUUAACGUUGAUUAACGUCAAACCCUCCACACCACAUUACUUUCUGCAAGGGAGAGGACGUGAUACAACUGCUAUCUUCUUGAAUGAGCAUGUGGACCCGAGAACUGAGCUGUCUAAAAAUCGACAAUGAAAACAAAAGGGGUGAGGGGCAGACAAAGAGAAACAUCUAUGUAUACAGUAGGUAUAGAGUUUAUAAGAGGAACUUCAAGGAGUAACAGAGCAGGAGUUAGUAUAUACAGGCGUAGGAGAAUACAGAAUCCAUGUUAACAUGUUCAGUCUGAAAGCCUACAGCCUCAAGAGCUUUGGUAAAGAAGCAGAACGAAUGUAAACUUGAUAUCUGCUGCUGUGUGUGUGUGUGAGAGAGAAGGCGACCAAGGACGACCAUGACAUUGUAUUACCAGAGCCUUAUCCACUGUUCAUCCCACUCCACAUCAACCAACUGUUCUGCCUACCCAAGGACCACUUUUUACCCAACACCUCCAAAACUCCUGAAAAAGCCACUGAGGCAACUACGGCUUCCAACUACGGCUUUCAUCAUGGCCCCAUGUUGCCUCAAAUAACAUCUGACACCCUGUCCCAGAACUCAGGGGAUUCUUUUUUUUUUUUUUUUUUUACUGUGUGCUAGGUGAGAUUAAAGUCACUAAAAUUGAGAGAUUUCUCUGUUUUGGGCCACAAAAUGUAAACUCCCUACUCUUGCGUUUAGUCUUGUUAAACCUCCCCACCAAUCGCCCAUUUGCUCUUGAGUGUACCCUAUGGUCAGUCAAAAUUGUAUUUGUAUUUCAUGGUUUUAUCAUGAGUUGCUGCUGUGUCUGUUGGUUCUAUCACAGAAAAACAGACGGUGACGCAUGUAUGCUCUCCAAUCAAUCUUUUGAUUGUUACACCUUUUUUUUAGUAAAAAUGUAUCUUUUUGUAAAAGCAAAAUGGAAACGAGGGAGACGCCAUUUUUAGCUCUGUCAAUUAUCCAUUAAUUUAAAGGUAAAGUCAGCGAUAUGAUGUAGGUGCACAAAGUAAACGGCGUAGUGGAUCAAUUUCCGCAACAACCUAGAGUGAAGCACAAGGCUAAACUCACCCACUGUUUUAGUCCCGUACCUACCACACUCGAACAGUUUGAAGCGAACCCAUGCACAUGCGCUGAUACUGUGGGAGCAAAGUCAAACGCCUCGCUCAUUGAAUUAUCUGCGGUGUUGCUCGUGGCAACAUCAUUUCGCUGUUUACCUUUAAGCCAUGUCCUGUUUUUAUAGAAAAAUGAGUGGAAAAGAUGUAUAAAUAAAUCUGUCUAUGGGGUUUAGACAGGUAUUUGAUCAAUGUUGAUGUUGAUACAGAUAUGAAACGUACAACUAUGGCUUGAGCAGUAGACCUAUAUAGAUGUGUCCAGUCUUCUAUUUUUCCACUUUGAAAGAAUAUGUGCAUGUAUGUUUUUGUUUCUUUGUGUUUGUGUAGUCCGAGAGAAGGAAUCGGAUAUGGCCAUGAGGAAUUUGACACUUGCAGCUUCGUAGUAUAAUGACUUGGUUGGGUAAGCCACAACUUUCCAAAUGUUUUAUUUUUAUAUGCAAUGGCUGUGUUUACACAGGAAGACAAAUUCAGAUAUUUUGUCCAAUUAUUGGCAAAAGGCCUGAUUUGGUCUAAAGACCAAUUAGUGGCAAAAAGAUCAGAAUUGGGCUGCCCGUGUAAACAAAGCCAUAGUAAAACCAUGGGAUGGCUAAUGCAAACUUCCAUUCUCAUGUAACAUUCUUGGCCAGCAAUGUUGUAAAUCUGCUCAUAUGAAGUGAGUAUAUGAGAAACAUAUAGUGAGUAUAUGAGAAACGGUAAUGAGAAACUCCUUGUUUCAAAAUAGUAAACUGUUGUUUCCAUUGUUUGGUAAACCCAUUCAACAAGUUGACAGUAAUUCGGCAACAGCAGGCGAUGUAUGAACAAAGUUUCCUCGUCAGUAUUGAGUGCACUUUCCAGUGCUGUCUGUCUGAAUACAUACACAUACAGCACCACCAAAAGUGGGUUGAGAAGGGCUUCUUCAAUAUACCAAAGAAGACUGAUCGAGGUGUGUGUUUUGUGGGCGCUUGUGUACGACCCUCCCUUGCAAAUGUCUUUCUAAAAAUUGUUGCGGUGUCUAAAUGUAUGUGAUUAAAGCAAUAGAAACUAUGCUGGAACUGAUCCUUUUGAAGUGCUGCACUUGUGUGGCUGCACAAACUGCUGUCAUUGUAAGUAAAAGGCUGUCACCAAGAGAGGGGACAGAGCAGUUAAAGUAAUGAAUCUCUUGAUUAUUAUGCUCCUAAAAAGCUGGAACAAUAGAAUGUUGUAUGAUUUGUGCCUAUUUAUGCUUUUCAAAACGUUUUAAAAUGUUUUUCUGGUUUCUUUUAAUUUUUGCUCAUGUUUUUCAAAGGAAUAUCAUUGGUUUCCUUUUUGAAAUAUGUGUACCUGCAUUUCCUUCUCAGGUUCAACUUCCUCUAUGAAUGUCAGUCCUGUCUUGCAUUACACUUAGUAGCCAUGGGGUGGUGCUCUAGAGUACUUCAGAAACAAAUGAGAAGGCUUUAUUCGUGUGAAAUAAUUUUGUCCCAUACGAUGUUAACAAGCAUAUCUCAAUGCUAGUGUGUAACUAACUAACUGUUCCAUAUGCUUCUCAUUCACUGGACGUUGAGGAAAGGAAAAAAAGUAUGAUGGAAUUGUGACGAUAGUUUUCAGACUAUUGCUUGAUGAACAUUUAAAUUGUUGACACCUUUACAAAAGACUAAGAUUCUGGCCAUUUCUGAUAGAAGAAACUUAUUUAGAGUGAUCAAAAAUACUUUUGUCUGCCUCGAGACAUCACUUUUUUUUUUCAUGGAUCAUAAUCAUGCUACUUCAAUUUAAUCACAAAGGCACUAAUUAUUGUUGGAGUUCAGCUGCAAUUCUGUUCUAAUUGCGUCAUAAUGUACCUCUUGAUACAUUCAAGUAAUUGCAUGAGAAACUGAUUUGACUGUUCUUUAGAUGUUCAACAUUUGGAGACAUUCAGAAUAUAAAGGAUAUCCAUCCAUACAAACCAAGGGGUUUACAUAACAUGAAGAAAUAUGUAAUUUCAAUGCUCUGGAAAUGAAUAAUUGUAAUAUUGACAAAAUUAUACAUUAUCUUCAGCUUUGAUAAAAUUAACUGGAGGUCUGUCACUCCCUACUGAAUUAAUCUAAUUUUAAACCUCUUCAAAUGUCUCCCAGCACUUAACUGAUGUCGCACAUAUGAUACUGCUAUUCUGUACAUUUACACAUCCAUUUCAUGUUCUCUCCAAUUUGAUACAAAAAUGUGUAUUUUCCAGAGAUAGCACAUCGAAUCACCUAAGUAGCACACAAGAAACCACCAAUCGAGCCAUCUCUUUACUAUGUAGAAAAAUAGAAGGCUCUGACCAUCAACAUUUCAUAGAUGCACUGACACUGAGCGGGGUUGUCUCUGCCCUCUCGUCUAGUGGGGAGAAAAAUAGAUCCUAUGGGGCAAAGACUGUGCAAAUAUGGUCUCUAUCACCUCAGUGUAGCUGGCUGUCUAACUCAACGAGGGUUUGUCAGUUUGAUGUUUCAUUCUUCUAUUUUCUCUCUUACCUUGAACUGAUGAAAUUUCUUUUGCACAUUUCUAGUGUUAAAGUCUACUUCCCUGGCUGUGUGGUACCUGUCUGUUGCUCUUUACAAAAUAACAAUCUAAUUAUUUUUGGUCGUGAGUAUGCUUUUGUAUUAAAAUGAAUAAAGAACUAG